AGCUUUCACAUCUAGUAAUGGAAUGGGAACUGAAAAAUGAAAAGUUAUUAAGCCUUCCCAAAAGCUGAAACGUGGACUUUUGUUCUUCUCUUGAUUUCAUUAAACACGCAGAUUCCAGGAGAAUAGGUUGACCAACAAUUGUAGCACGGUACCAUCCCGUCUCUUAGAAGAAUGUGACACCAUCGCAUAGCUUCCAGCACGGUGAAAACAUUACUUUCACACUUUUCCCACCCAAAGAUACAUAAAUCUAGCUCCUUUCCCCCUCUAUUACAUGUUGUACUGAUUUCAUCAUUGCCACUGUGAACGGCAGUUUAAUAAACACCCAAUUUACGUAGGCACUUAGCUGGCUGCUGAACAGCAACACACAAAAACCCAGGCACUAGAGACACUUGAGCUACACAUUUAUCAUGAAGGCGUAAUACAUAUUUAUUGACUGAUGCUGUACGAUCUCCUAGAUCUCUCCUAACCAAAACUCUAGAAACCUAUUUAAAGACCUCUGGAAGAGAGUCGGGGAGAAUCGAGACUAUUUAGUACUGCAGAAUCCCACACAAAUAAAUUGUAAUUUUUCCAAAGUCGGUGGCUUACUUCACCGUCAAGCAACAGGGAGUAAUUAAUUCUUACUCGAAACUUAAAAGAAUCGCUCGUCGGGGCAAGUUUCAGGUGUGGCUCUGGAAAGAUGCCACGUUCCUAUGGCAACCUCGAAUCGCCAUUUGAAGCGUUCUCGCGACCUCCCGCCCUGACGUCACUUCCGGUAUCACCUGCGUGGUUACCGGGAGCUGUAAACAAGGUGUGCAAGCAUCCAGAGAGCUGUCGGGAUGCAGCAGAGCGGAGCGGGUGGAGGCCGUGGCUGCGCUCUGCUCCCACUGCUGGGCGUCCUGCUCUUCCAGGUGAACGGUAUCACCAAGUCAGAAACCUGGGAACCGUCCUUGAUACUAUGUUUCCCUAACAUUCCACAACCAGUCUGCCACCAAUCCUUACUGAUUUUACUUUGUGUUUACAUCGCCCUUUCCUUGGAGAUUAAAGCGGAUGCGCAUGUCCGGGGUUAUGUUGGAGAGAAGAUCAAGUUGAAAUGCACCUUCAGGUCGACUUCAUCUAUCACUGACAAACUCACCAUAGACUGGACGUACCGAGCCCCCAGCAGCAGUCGUACUGAAUCCAUUUUUCAUUAUCAGUCUUUCCAGUAUCCAACCACAGCAGGCACGUUUCGGGAUCGAAUUUCCUGGGCUGGAGAUGUGUACAGAGGGGAUGCGUCUAUAAGCAUCAGCAACCCUACCCUCAAGGACAAUGGGACAUUCAGCUGUGCCGUGAAGAAUCCCCCAGACGUGCACCAUAACAUUCCCGUGACAGAGCUAACAGUCACAGAGAGGGGGUUUGGCAUCAUGCUCUCCUCUGUGGCCCUCCUCUCCGUCCUUGUCUUCGUCCCCUCAGCCGUGGUGGUUGUCCUGCUGCUGGUGAGGAUGGGGAGGAAAUCAGCUGGGCUGAAGAAGAGGAGCAAGUCUGGCUACAAGAAGUCGUCUAUCGAGGUGUCAGAUGGCACUGACCGGGAGGAGGCGGACGACUGCCUGGCGAGGCUUUGUGUUCGUUGCGCCGAGUGCCUGGAUUCAGACUAUGAAGAGACAUAUUGAUGAAAGGCUUCAUGAUGUAAGAAGAGUCACCUGAUAGAAAAUAUCCCAUCCCACUGGCAGCUAAAGCCUCUCAGAGAAUCGAAGCUGCUUGGAUCGCUGUGCCGGAGGAUUCUGGAAGCCAUCCGUAGAGACGUUAGGAACCAUUUAUUUAUUGAACAACUGUUCUUUUUAUAUUUAUGAACUGUUCAAGAACUCCCAGAAGAAACUCCUACCUACCCGUUCUAAUAACUUAUGCUCUAAUUGAAUGAAGGAAUUCUCUUCCUGAAUAGAAAGAAACUUUUUGUUUUUGCCUUUGCCCUUGAACAUGUUACGUGCUUUCUUCUGGUUACUUGAGGGAAAAUCCUAAAUGUUGGCCACACCGCUGAGGCCAAAAUAUUUUUAAAAAAUGAAAUGGAGCUUGUAGUGUCCAGAUGUGCGACGAGACGAGAUGUUUGGGAUAAGUAUUCUUUGGCAUUUGCUCCGUGAAUGUUUUCAGCUGCGGAUCAGCGCACAGCAUGUACUCAUUGGUUUAAUGACAUCAUCCGUUGUGUUUGGGUGACUCGGAACUCUAAUUUCCAUAGAGUCGGUAGGGCCCGGAGCCCAUGGUUUGCUUUGACUGGGUUUUUAAAGUAUUAAAGUGUCGUCAGUGUCCAAUUAAGGAAAGGAACGGUGACGUAGAGGGAUCCCUUUCUUUUGUGUUGCUAGGUGCAGCUUCGAAGGUUUUUUUUUUUUUUGUGGGGAAAUGUAUAGAAUAUUUUAUCAGUUAUUUGCAAGGAAAUCAUCUUUUUUUUUUUUUUUUUUUAACAAAUGCCACUCCAGAGUUCAAAUGUUGGAUUUACUUUAACGAGGCUUAUGUUUAUCGGAAAUCAUCUUUUGGCCUUUGUUAUUCUUCAAAACUUUUCUGAGUUCUAAAAUGCGCCAAAUAUGAGUGAACCAAGGUAUUUACGAACUGUUUUUGUUUAUGUCGUAUUUGACAUAAGGAAGUGAGGUCUAUACUUCUCUAUAGUCUAUACUUCUCAUUUCUAUUCUCUCAGUACCUUAUAUCAGCUUCCUCCAUUUUCCUGCAGCAACUGAUUUCAAAUUUUAAUUUACAUGGGAUUUUCUACAAGCCAUUAAGUAAUACGUGUGACAUGUCCGGAAGGGCUGAUAGUAUAGUCCUCUGUAAAAGAGCGAUAAAGUUCACUUCUCGAUUAUGAGAGACAAAAAUUAUCCUCCCUCCUCCCAUCUUUGUUUUUUGUUUUGUUUUGUUUUGUUUUCCCAUGGUUCUUCACUAGGUGGCUAGGGAGGUUUCCAUAUUACAGCCUGAUAUGCCCCAUAUGUUACACAAAAAAUCACUUUGCCAAGAUUUAUGUUUAAAAUUUUGGGUCAUUAGUUCUGGAAGUCAUCAGUAAAGACUUUAAGAAUUAUGAUAUGGGUUCGGCCUGGCCUCUUUUGUUAAUCUAGUCCAUACAUAAGAGAGUCUGGUUCAUUAACAGAUAUUACGAUUUACCUCUGGUCACGUAAGGAAGUGAAAGAGGCAAAGACACGUUGACUGUUUAUUUCCAGUGGUUGAGCCUCAGAGUCUUGGGCUAUUUGUCAAGUAUAUGGUUGUCUGGGGCCAGCCUGGUGACAGACACUCUGACACCACAGCAGAGAGGGGAAAACAUAUUUGGGCAACAAGAGUAAAUAAUUUGGGUUCUGGGACAUUUGAAGAUAGAGACCCAAUUGUGGGGUAGACUUUCUGUGGGUCUGAGAAAGAGAUGAUGUGACAGGAACCCAGUUAAAACCGCGUUUCAUGAAUUGAGGAACCGGGUUUGUCUGGGGUUUCUUGUAAUUUCCUUUCAGGUGUGUUAUGAGGAUUAAUCCAGUUGUAGUAAGCUUGUCACUGUAGGUAAAGGGUGCUGUGUGACCACUUGGUCAUGUUAUUUUGUAGCCUCGAUUGUGAUUUGAACAAGUCCCUUUCUUUUUAAGUGGCCGAACAACAGCAUCCUUCGUGGUAAGAGAGUAGGCUGGGGAUUUAGUCGUCUCCGUGGGUUUACGGUCGCACCAGUCAUAAGGCUUCUGUCAGUGUUCUUCUUUAUCUCUUACAUUGAGGUCUGGGUUACAGCCUUCCCCCCACCCCCAAAAGGAGCAAAAAGCAGUUCCUUUUUUUUAAAGAUGGAAGAAAGAUAACUUUUUUUUUAAACGUACUCUUUUUAAUACCUUCUAAGGUGCUAUUCUCCCUCUCUCUCGUUUUCUUUUCGCUGCUCUGUAUGCAGAACACAUCGAAUGAAGACCAGCCUUGUCUAGAAAGGGAAUUGAAUUCUGAAAGCUUCAGAGGGGGUUAAAAGCCUUUCAGAAUUUUUCUUUGGCUGCCGGAGGCUUUACUCGGGGCUACACUAUCUUACAAGUUUCGUGCAUUGAGCUCUCAAUUCCGUUAUCGAAUGUGAAUUUAUGAAAUGCUUUGUGUUUCCCACGGGUCCCCUUGCCCCAGGCUUCGUGGAGAAGGUACUAGGUCUCCGCAGCUCCCAAAUCGUGCGCUGGUGUUUCAAGAGGGAAUGUUGAAUGUUCCUGUUUAAGGAGAAUUUUUGGAGGCCAAAUCCUCAAUCUGAACGUUCUGUCGUGUCACUCAGUUAGGGUUCUAAAAGGGAGCCAGGAAGACCCCCGGAGAGCGGACCAAGACUGUCAUUUAAUUGCACAACUGGAAACUUCGCUGCCAGAAGAGGCAGCUGCAUUCGUUCGAUUCCUGCGUUGGACUGUUGUUAACCGCUGCAUUUCACAGCGUUUUUUUUUUUGUUGUUGUUUUGUUUUGCAGGAGAGUGUGCACUGUUGGGCCAUGUGCACAGACAUUGUAACUCUUGAUAUCUUUACCACAUCACAGUUAAUAAACUGCUUCGCACUGUCUGGCUA